AUGUCAAACGAGCGGCGAGAUCGACGGCUACGGGAGAAUGAGCGGGAGUCUCGAACACAUAGGUCUUCCUCGCACAGACAUCGUUCAAAUGAAACCCAUAAACAUGAUCAUGAUCGAAGACAUCGAAGACAUCGUCACCGACGCAAAAUACCUCAUCCAGAAACGGAGCCUCGGUCUUCCACACACAUAUACUUUAAUGGAUCAGCAAGCAAUGUGCCUUCCGUUUCAGUUCACACUGAUCAUGUUACCUUGGCUUCCAGUUUCAACUCGUUUAAUGAAGGAAUGGACACAUUGCUUGAUAAUUGCUUUGAGCUACUGGGUCGUCUGCGAAAGAAUCCCAUUGUUUAUUCCGGGAAUUCACAACAAACCAGUUCUAAUGGGAAACGUGGGGUUAACCAUUCUAAUUUAGCAGCCGUGCCGACAUCUCAAAAACCAAAACCAGUGAGGUAAAUUUAAUAGUUCGUUACAGAACAAAUUUAUAUUCAGCCAUGUCCAGGCGGGACUUUCCCAGACUAUUACGUAAACCACUCAACUAUGAGCUUAAAAUAAAACUUAUCUGAAGUUUGACUAAAAGUUUGUCGACUCCUCAUGCAGCCAUUCAAAAAUAUGUGCGAACUUCAGAAACGCAGAACCUAUCAAUGAGUUAGUAUAACAAGGUAAUUUGGUAUUAUUAACUGAGUUGAUAACGUAAAUUUGCUUUCGUAAAGAGUUUUCAUGGUGACGUUUUGAGCGUAACCCUUUGAUCUGAAGAAGGGCCAACAAUUUGAACGUCAACUUUGAAAACUCUUCACGGUGGCCAAUUUAUGUUAUCAAUUCAGUUGACAAUAUCAAAUUGCCUCGUUACGCUCUCUCGCCAACGUAGCACCAGUUUCUUUAGAAUAUUACCCCCUUUAUUCAUAAGCAAGUAUAGUUCAUUAGACUUUGUAUGAAAAGUCUAUGAUAAUUUUUUGUGUAAGAACAUUGUUUUUGUCUCAUGGGGAGAAACUGACCCACAGAAAUAAAAGAAUUGAAGAUGACAGUGGGAAAAGAGGGCAAAAUUUAGAGCAAGCUAUCACUUAUCCCAUUAGUUACUACUAAAAGGAAUUACCUUCAUAGACAACCAGCUCCAAGAACAAAAACUUAAAUGCGUCUCAGGGGUUUCUAUUUAAGAUAACUUCUAUGGUAGUCUUCAGACUUCUACCAAUGUUUUUUACCACAUGGGUUACUAGUUUUAAAACUCAUCUCAAGACCUAUCUUUUUAGUCUUGCGUAUACUUAAUAGAGAUUUUAUUAGCAUGUUAUUAGCAUUUUCUCUUUUUACAUAAUAUAUACUUAAGUUUCUUCAAUUCUCUUUUAUAUAAUAUAUACUUUAGGAAUGUGCAUCUGAUUAUAGUCAUGUAAAGAUGUGCACUAGAAAUUAAUAAAUUAUUAUUAUUAUAAUUAUUAUUGUAAAGACACCACUUUGAAAAGAUGGUUAAGAAUGGUAGAACUGGCCAGAAAUAUGCUUAAUGUAGGUUUACAUUUGGAAAUUUUUCUAUCAUCACAUAUUUAACCUUAUCACCACAUUAACAUCUUUUAUUCCAAAAGUUACUUGAAGUCCAGUCCUAUCCUUAUUUUACACCCCUGACACUUGUUUACCAUCAAAACGGAAUUUCCAUGGUAUUAUGGUGGUUUGUUUUAACAAACCAAUAUAAAGUAUUUUUCUUUUUUCUCUAGUUUUAGUGGGAUAUUGGAAACCUUCAAGACAUGUAGUACUGUCCCUGCAACAGAAACUAAAGCACAGUUAAUACAGAGCUUAGUUUCUCACACUGAAGCAAAACUAGAUGUAAUUGACAUUUCACUGACAUGCCCCCUUACACGCUCACGAAUGGUAACUCCAGUGCGUGGAAGGAACUGUGCACAUGUGAGCUGUUUUGAUGGAGAAGCAUAUCUUCGGCUUAUGUGGGAAAAGCGAGUUGAAAAGUGGAAAUGCCCGGUAAGUGGGUUUGGAAUUUGAUUCUUUGCCUGCUUUAUUAUGAUUUUGAAAAUUAUUUUGGAAGAAGUUAGAUCUUAACACAGAACUACCUGCAACUUGGUACAGAUUAUUUAUGAAUUUUCUCACUCAAGGUUAGAUGAAUAUUGUUUGAUAAUCCCUAAGAUAGUUACAGGAUUGUUGGGCAAUAUUUGCGAAGUAUGAAGCAAAUAAUUGUUAGAGUGUGAUAAACAUGGAAAAUAUUUUUUGUUUUUUAUUCAUCAGAAACAUCAAAAACUUCUGAAGUGGCCAUACUACAAUUAGUGCCUCUCUGUCAGUAUUAUUAUCACUUUACACAGGGUGGAAACACUUGGCUAAACAUAAUUUAUGCAUUAAGUAAAGCAGAUUUGAAUUAAAUGGUCACAAUCUUUGAAAUUCAAGUUUCAAUUUAGAGGGGCAACCAACAGAAUCCAUAGUGUUACUCUUAAAAACCCUGCCCAUAUUAUUGGAGUUCCCUAAGUUAAUAUUCUUCAAUUUUGAAAUUGUCAUUGAGAAUUUUUAGAUGGUGAAGAUGAAUGAUAUUCAGCUUGCCUCACCAAUCCAAUAUGGAGGCUUUAUAGAAUAAUUAGUACUCACUCUCUCUCACUCACUCUCCAGAGAGCAUGCCUGCUAAGUGGGCUAAUUUUCAGCGUGCUCUCUAUUUUCAGAUUUGCAAAACCCUUACACCCCUCUCUGAGUUGGUAAUAGAUGGAUUUAUCCAGGGGAUUUUAGAAUCAGUGCCUGAAGAUGUGAAGAGUGUGGAGUUUACUCCUGAAGGCUUCUGGAGAAUCAAAGAGGGUAGUGAAACAUUUUUGCUGAUAAAAAAGUCUUCUGUUGACUGUUACAGUGACCCCAAUCAACAAAAUACUGUUAUUGAUCUGACAUUUGAUACACCAAAAAAAAUUGUACCCAAGAAGAUUUCUAAUGGUGAUGAAAAUUGUGGUGGAAGUAAUCCACAAAUUCAAGUCAUAGAUCUCACAGUGUCUCCUUAACCCUAUAACUCCCGUGAGUGACCAAGAAAGAAUUUCUCCUUACUAUAUCUGUAGAAUAUCAUGCAGACAAGUAACGAGAAUAAAGAAAAAUGUUAAUUAUAUGAUUACCAAUUGAUUCAAUACCAAAUUCUCCAAACUAACAUAAUGAGAAUCAUUUGACAGACAGUAAGGAGAAUUACUAAUGAGAUCUUGGGAGUUAAAGGGUUAAAAUACAGUCAAGUACCUUUAUUUUGCUCCUUUCAACUUAUUUGCUGAGACGACAGCAACUUACAGAUUUGCCUUGUAGAAAUAAUAAUUUUUACAUGUACCAUCAUGUAACAAAUAUUUUGUGGUUUGCAAUGUUUGCAGAUUUGGUGAAUUGUCACUGAUUGCCAAAAACCAACUUCAUUUUACAUUGUUAUUAAGUUCAGAAUAUUAUGUUUUGUUGGAUGUUAAUGUGGUGCUUCUUGUAAAGUAUAUGCAAAAAUAAAAACCAAGCAAAAAUAUCUGUCAUGUUGAACUAUGUAAGUGAUGUAAAUUCUUGCCAGGUACAAAGAUUGCCUUUGUGUAAAAUGACACUCCUGCUGUAAACUUUUAUGCUACAAGAUAUUUGUAUAUAUUGGUGGUAGAAUUUUUCUCUUUUGUAGCUCCCUUCUUCAAUUGUUUUGUUUAAAUAAAGAUGCAGAAAUCUUAGUAGCUCAGGAGGGCUGCAUGGUGAUCUUUAAUCUGGCUGUGCCUUAGAUUCCCCUUGUUUGCAAACCACUGUAACAUUUGUGAUUGUGUUCUUGGAAGUUUAACCUAGUGUUGGCUGGGUUCUAGUUUCUCUUUCAUCUCAAUGUUUUAAAAUAGAUUUCCAUCAUUCCUGGGACUAAAUCAAAUAUCAGCUGAUUUCUCCUGGAACAGAAUUAUAUACAGUUGAUAUCCUUGGUUGUCUGCCUGCAGACACUUUUUUUCAACAUAUGCUUUGCAACUCUAUCUCGCAAGAAACUACUUGGGUAUCAUUCAAAUCAUCAUGGUUAACCCAUUAACCCAUAAGAGUGUUAAGCAUCUAAUUUCUCCUAACAGUAUCACCACUGAAUCAAACAUAAGGGUCAGGACAGUAAAGGAAAUAAUUGCAAACUUAAGAAGCUCUUGAUGGUAAGACAAAUUCUCCUUGAAAGUAUCAUAGGAAAUUUAUAGAGAACAGUAUGGAGAACUGCAUACUGAUUUUAGGGUGUUAAGGGAAGAUGGUUCUGAUUUAACCUACCCUGUUAUUACAUAUAUUACAGCAAACAGGUAAUGAGAGAGACAGGCUUAUUACUAGAAGGGUUUUAUCCUGUUGUAACGACAUUUCCCUCACUAUUUCCUAAGCAAAUUGAAAGGGGAAUGAGGUAUCAUGUCCUAGGAGUUGAACAGUUCAUAGAAAAUAAUUCUUGAUUUGCUGUGUACAUGGUGCUUAGUAGAGACCAUGUUGCGCAAUACCUACCCAAUUGUUUUUUGUAAAAUCCUGCCACUAUAUUUAAAUGCCACCAUAAAACCAUUAUUUGGUAAAUUCAUCAAGUACUAUAGCAUUUUUGGGAUGACUCUAUUUCCAUAGUCUUAAAAACUCAUUAAUUCAUUCAGAAAUUCUCUCUUUUAAUUGGAUCAACAAUUGAUUCCUUAAAGAACAUUCAUCUCUUGUAAAACUUUUAUGAUUUUAUUACUUAUCAGCAGCUCUAUCUAGUACAUUUACUUGUUUUUGUGGAAAAUUUUCUCUGAUGUAUAAUUGGUGUUUUUCAGGACUUAAAUGAUGGACAGUUAGACUGUAAUUUUAUGAUAUUCAAUAAAUCUCAGAUAUUUUGUUAUUAUAGUGUGUAGAGUCUUGAAUUUCUUAGAAAGUUAGGGCAAUUUGAU